UUUUUUUUUUCUUUUUUUCACAUUCCACUUUUGUCUAGAUUUCACACUUUAUCUAUCAUUAACACUAUUCUUUUUCUUAUUUUCUCACACCAUUGCUAUAAAUGCAGGCUUACUUCUAAGUUCUAACCUUAUUUUUGCUUUCCCUUUACUAUUCACCCUCUCUCUCUCUCUCUCUCUCUGGUUUUCCUCCAUUGCAAACCAAGCAUUCUUUACAGCUUUACUGAUGUGCCUCUUUUCCCCCACAUUCGCAAAACCCUACCUUCCAUUUCGCUCAUCUCUGCUUUUAUUAGACAUCCCACAGCUCUGAUUUCCUCCCAUCAUUCAAAGCCCAACAAAAUAAGGGAAAAAAGAUGAAUUCUUCCGCCUCACAAAGAUUGGAUUUUUGGUCUGCCAUUGUUUCGAGAAAGAAAAAGAAAUUUGCUUUCUCAUUUGCAUGAUUGUUAUCAUUUUACUUGGCCCACUCUACACCACAACCUUCUACUUCUAAACUACUCUUUGUGCUGCUUAUCUUUCUUUUGUGAUACUCUUUUUUUCCUUCUUUUUUUUUUUCCCUUUCUUUUUUGGUGGGUUUGUGGUAUUCCAUCUCUGCAUUGGGGUAUCUAUGCUCAUUGGGCAUCUGCUGAGACAGAAAAGUGCACUUUCUUCGCUUCUUUGGGUUCUCAAGGAGGAAGAUCAGGGUGGUUGAGUUCAGAUCACUCGCCAAGGGUUCAAUGAAGUAGUCCUUGUUCAGGACUUGCUGAGUGCAGAUUACUUCCUUGUGCUAAAAUCUCAGAAAAUGACUUCUGGAAGUUUAAAUUCUGAGUUAUCGAAGAAGUAUGGGGCUCUGAAACUUUGGGUUCUGAUUGGCAUAUGCGUGGGUGCGUUUAUAGUUCUAAUUCUAGGGAUCUUAUCAAUAUGGAUCAUGUUCCAACGGAGAUCUCGAAGAACCUCGGAUAAGUACUCUAUAUGCCAGAUUCCUAACAUCUCAAAAGAUAUCAGGGUGGAUAGAGUUGCGGAAGAAAGCACGCAAGAUCAUCCAGAAACAUUAUACUUGACUAUUAACGACAAAUCUAGUGAUAAGAAAACGGAGAAGAUGUUAGUUCAUUUGGGUAGGAGUAAAUCAAGUGAUGCUGAUAAUAUCAGCCAGAGCAGUUCAGUUCAUCAUCAUAGCUCUCAGUCAGGAGAGGAGGGGAGUUCUGGUAAUGCCCGUAAACAAUCUUCAAUGUCGUAUGGGCUUGCCAUGGCGUCUCCUUUGAAUGGUUUGCCAGAAAUAUCUCAUCUUGGGUGGGGCCACUGGUUCACACUUAGAGAUCUUGAAAUUGCAACCAAUCGUUUUUCAGCAGAAAAUAUCAUUGGGGAAGGUGGUUAUGGGGUUGUUUAUCGGGGAAAACUGGUCAAUGGCUCUGAGGUGGCAGUUAAGAAGCUUCUUAAUAAUUUAGGUCAAGCGGAGAAAGAAUUUAGGGUCGAAGUUGAGGCCAUUGGUCACGUUCGGCAUAAAAACCUAGUGAGGCUUCUUGGCUACUGCAUAGAAGGAGUUCAGAGGAUGUUGGUAUACGAGUAUGUAAAUAAUGGAAAUCUCGAGCAGUGGCUUCAUGGGGCAAUGAAGCAGCAUGGCUCCCUAACGUGGGAAGCCCGUAUGAAGGUUCUACUUGGUACCGCCAAGGCACUAGCUUAUUUGCAUGAAGCUAUAGAACCAAAAGUUGUACAUCGUGACAUAAAAUCAAGUAAUAUCUUGAUCACUAACGAGUUCGAUGCUAAAGUUUCCGACUUUGGUUUGGCUAAGCUGCUGGAGUCUGGGGAAAGCCAUAUAACAACGAGGGUGAUGGGAACUUUUGGUUACGUGGCUCCUGAAUAUGCAAAUACCGGCUUGCUGAAUGAAAAAAGCGACAUAUACAGUUUUGGUGUUCUACUUCUUGAAGCUGUCACCGGAAGAGAUCCAGUAGAUUACGCACGUCCAGCCAAUGAGGUUAAUCUCGUCGAGUGGCUUAAAAUGAUGGUUGGGAACAGGAGAGCGGAGGAAGUCGUGGACUCUAGCCUUGAAGUCAAGCCUACUACCCGUGCUUUGAAACGUGCACUUCUGGUUGCGCUAAGAUGUGUAGAUCCCGAGUCGGAGAAACGACCCAAAAUGAGCCAGGUUGUCCGUAUGCUGGAGACCGAUGAAUUUCCUUAUCGUGAGGAUCGUCGGAAUAGGAAAAGUCGGACCACGAGCAUGGAGAUCGAGUCGAUGAAGGAGGCCAGUGGUUCGGCUGAGCUGGAAAUCAGGGUGGAGCCAUCCGAAAGCCACACUUCUAAGACAAUGGAUAGAAACUGACAGAAAAAAAAAAAAAAAAAGAUGACUUUUUAGAGCUCUCAGUGACACAUCCCUACCAUUCAACAUUUUCUAAGUUUGUUUCUGGAAAGAUUCCUCCAGUGACAGAGUGACUGUGAACAGCAGCAGGCCCAGAGUUUGGAAUCUUGAAUCAUUGGGCAUCGAUCUGUUUUCGAAAUAACGACCCCCUCGAGCAUAUGUGAGACCACGGCGGCUAACGUGCUUGCGGCCAUCUUUUGUAACAUUAUGGUAUCGUUCUAUUUUCCGAGUUCAUUUCGUCUUUCGUUGAUGGUGAGGACUACGGCACCCCAGUUUAUAUCUACAUCUUCUUAUAUAAAUUUUAGGCAGAAACAUUGUUCUUGCACUAUUAAUCUGUGUAAAACUCUUGCUACAUCAGAUGUUCUUCUUUGCUAGAAAUUAGGACAGGCCCCUGAGAUUCUGAAGAGAGAGAGAGAGAGGCUUUGAUUGGUCACAUGUCUUUCAAAAGUAGUGUUGUUGAAUCUGAGGUUUGAAUGUGCAAACAUGGGCUUAGGUUUCAGACAGAAUCUUGUACCCUACAAUGUUGGAGUUAUGGGCUAGCUAGUUACCUUCCUUACUAUUUUGUUUGCUAAUUUAAAUAGAUUUGACUCACAA